GAUAACGAGAGCUCUCGUUGCUACCCCAUAUGAUGACGAACAAAACGACGAAUAGUCCACAUAGACUAUGGCCCUGAGCAGAAGAGAUGUGAUCCUAGCAGGGAUCGCCAUUUUCUUCGCCUGGGGAGGGGUCACCAGCCUAAUACCGUCCCUGCGCUGGACAGCUUGGGCGUUCGUGGCGGGCAUCCUGGUCACCGUCCUUGGACUCGCAGCGAUUGUCCUGACGACUACGAGGGGUUCUAGUUAUGGCUCAAGAAGCAGAGUCGUUCGCCCCCGAGGACCCGAUUUCCUGGGCGCAGAAACAUGGCGGGAGGAACUUGCGAAGCUCCCAAGUCGACAACCAUACGACCCGCGACCAUUAUACCCAGAGUCCUUCCUCAUAUCCGCCUCUCUCGACGAGCUGCUCGAAUAUAUAGUGCGGGAUUUCGUCAAGUCCUGGUACUCGAGCAUAAGUCGCAACCCAAGCUUCACGAACGAGGUCGACAACGGGAUAAGGGAUGCGCUCAUCGAUAUCAGGGACAGGCUGUUAUCAAUCGACCUGGUCGAGGUGGUGGUCGAGCGAUUCGUGCCGAUACUCACGGCUCACUUUAAGGAUUUCUACGAUGCGGAGCGGGUCGUACGGGGGAAGCACCUUAAUCGGAAUGUCACGGAAUCAGAAGAGUUGGACCUUGCGAUCGCCGCAAAAUACAGAGAUGGGAAGCUACACCCAGCAGCAUCGCUGGCAUAUUCAGAUACACGGCUUGUGCAGCAGGAGCAUCUGCGGACUUUAGCGAAGGAAAUAAUCCCCAAAGUGGUGCCAGAUAGCCUGAUAUCGAGCAAAGUGGUGUCAGUACUCAUCGAGGAGCUGGUGAGCUGCGCCGUCCUGUUCCCAGUGAUGCAGGUAACAUCUGAUCCUGAUACCUGGAACCAAGUUAUGGAGAAUUACGGCCGGUCGAUGCUCCAAGACCGAUCGACGGUGCGGAAGUUGCGUGCGGCUCUUGAUCAGCACGCGUCUCCGGCGCCGAAGGAGAAGCGGUCCCUGCCCUUCCCACGACUCUCGCCGAAUGAUAACGAGCGGAAAUUCGAGAAGUUCAUACGUGCCGCUCGCAAGGUCAAUAACUUAUCAGAUGCUCGCCGGUUUCGAAGUGAAGUGUCAAGUCAGCUGAAACGAGAUUCUCAACUUGAGGCCGCGGAUUCGGUCUAUCUCCGCCGCCUGGAAAUAGCCAAGAAGAUAUUAGAUCAAAGAGUGAACCAUCUGGCGUCAGGAAACUGGAGCGCGAACGGAAAUAAUAUUCCGGAUUUUUCCUCAAAUAAUGGACCGAGCUCAGAUCUUAACAAUGCGUCGCUUGUGGAUAUUUUGCAUGAUUCAUCAGCACUGUCAUAUUUUAUGGAGUAUAUGGACAGACAGAGGGUCAUGCCUCUUGUGCAGUUCUGGAUUGUUGUUGAUGGCUUUCGGAAUCCACUCGAGGAGGACCCAACUGACGACGAUGAAGUUCCUCCAAACUUGCCGCCAUGGACUGAUGCAGACCGAUUAGAUCUUGCACAGAUCCAUGAAGCAUACUUAUCCAGGCCUGAGCUGAACAUAUCGGAGUCAUCAAAGCAAUCCGUAAGAACCUUUUUGAAGGCUGGAAAGGGUGCUUCCCAAGAACAGUACUAUGCUGCGCGCAGGACUAUAUUGCUUGCGCAGACAAGCGCCCUAGAAAAGAUGAAGGGCAAAUACUUUGAUGGAUUCAAGAAAUCAGACCUCUUUUACAAGUACCUAACUUCACAGGAGGCUUCGAAAAACACAAAGGCAUCAAUGUCACAUAAUCCAUUCGACGACCAAGACAGGCCAUCUCUGCCGCCUAGAAUUGAUACCCCCCAAUCACUUCAUCCAAAGCCCAAGGCGGUAUCCAGAGUCUCGUUACGGCAACCACAAAGGAAGAUUGCAUUACAUCGCGCAUCGCAGUCAUCUGCCGACCUACCAAGUAUGCAGCGGCGUAAUGUUAUGGAUCUCGCAAAUUCCCGCCGCUCUCUUGAUGGUGAUGGUGAUUCGCCGCUUUUUGAUGAUGAUGAUGCGGAUAGCGAGGCUCUUGCUGGUUCCGUACAGAGUCUGGACCAGGAUAUAGACCAUCAUGACGGGUCAGCUGCGCCAGAUAAUCAGAUUGUCAAGGCAAUGGAAGCAGCGCUGAACGAUAUCAUGGAAGAUGCCCCUAAUGUUGACGACUUGCGUGGCUCCUUAUUCGAUAAUGGGGAUUCUCCUGCCACAAGCCUUUUGUUUGGCAAGGCAGAGGUGUCCCCGCGGAGCUCAAUUGAUGUUCAAGCUCAUGACUCGUCACAGAAAGAAGGUGGCAGGCCAAACAUUGCAUCUCUUGGACUUGUGAACACAUCGUCACGUAUUGGAGUCUUUACAGAUGACGACUUAUUUGGCGACGAGGAGAAAUUUCUAUCUGACGAACAUGAUGAUCCGGAUGAGGAUAAAGAGGACGUCAGUGACCAAAUCCACGAGGCAGCUCCCGGCGACUUGGGUCUUGCGGAAGCUAUAACAGUCCUUACUACCGACAUCGAGCGUUUGAUUGCACAAAAUGCAGUUGUGGAAUCUCUCACCCGAAAGGCCGAGCUUACCAACAAUACAGCAGAGCUACGGAUUUUACGGAAGUCGAAGGCCAGCUUGCAACGCGAGAUCAGGCGUAAGGAGCUUCAAAGACAGCAAUAUGUUGUGCAAGAGAGCGAUAACAGCUUAUAUGGCCGCUCCACGAUUAGGAUUAAGUCUAUCAUGGUCGGUAAGGAUGAUGAUGGCCGAGAAUUCGCGAUAUAUGUCGUCGAAGUCCAACGGAAAGCCGGCGAGCAGAUGAUUGCUGCAUCUUGGGCAGUCACUCGCCGAUACAGCGAGUUUCUCGAACUGCACCAGAAACUUCGUGAGAAGUAUCCUUCUGUUCGCCAUCUCGACUUUCCCCGGAGGCGGAUGGUUAUGAAACUGCAGAGCGAUUUUCUGCACAAACGCCGCCUUGCUCUAGAGAAAUAUCUGCGAGAGCUACUGCUAUUGCCAGACGUCUGUCGCAGCCGGGAUCUACGCUCUUUCCUGUCACAGAGCGCCAUUGCUCCUGGUACGGAAGCGCCUAGUAACUUGGAAGAUAAACAGGAUAUGAUGACUCGCUUCUACAACUCGGUCACAGACGGGAUGGAAGAUAUUCUUGGAAAUAUCCCAGUCCUCGAUCAGUUGUCAACGGCAGGCCAGAAUCUCAUAUCUGCAGCUACCAACCAACUGACCACCAUGCCACCCCUUGUCAGCGAGGACCCAAUGACAGCAGCCGAGGCUGAAGCGGAGCUAAAUGCUUUUGAGAACCGCGAACUCGAGCCAUUCGUCAAGCCUAUCUGCGACAUCUUCUUGGAGGUCUUCGAGCUCAACCGCGGAAAUAACUGGCUCCGAGGCCGAGCCGUCGUUGUGGUCUUGCACCAGCUGCUCGGCGGGACUAUCGAGCGGAAAGUCAGAGAAAAUGUCAAGACUUUGGUCCUGGAGGAUUCAAUCAUGAGGUAUAUCACGUUGAUAAAAGACACCAUGUGGCCUGGAGGGAAGAAACGUGAGAUGGUGCAGCGGACGGCGGCACAGAAAGCCAAGACAAGGACAGAGGCAAGCCUUAUGCUAGCAACACUCAUUCCGGAUCUAGUUGGGAAUGUCGUUGGGCGUGUUAAUGCACAAGCUGCAAGCAGGAGGAUAUUUGCUACGCUUAAUAAUCCCCGGUUGAAUUCUCAUCUCAUGUUUACUUUCUUGGACGAAAUAGUAGAUGUUCUUUUCAGGGGGUCUCGUACAUAGUCAAAUUUGGUCUUAAGUAGUCUCAUUGGGACUUAGCGUCGGCGUUUGGGGACACAGCAUGGGGUUCACAGGUUCAAAGGAUGUUACCAUCCAACCCAUAAUGAAAAGGAGUUUGGGCAACUUAUUAUUAAAUGGUUAUACUCGAAUAGUUUCCUAUUAGUAUAUAGCAUAAUUGAAGAUUUUAC